GAAGCAUGGAACGCGAAGAGUCAUAGUGUUCUGUGACUGACUGAAGUGCUGAGAGUUCAGUACGGAUUCGGCGACGUACAACGCUUCACCUCAUGUUUUCGGGCGUUCUCUCUGGGCUACUGCACUUUGGGACUUCAGUAUUUGUUCUACAAUCUGUUCCAGGGACCACCUAGCUGCGUUGGAGUAUUGAUGUUGUGAAUACGCCAUCGCUAGCUGUUGACAAACGAGGCCAUUUCUACUGCUAAGUGGACACUUCACCGCGUUCAACUAUGCCUCCGCUGAGAAAGAAAAGGAAGGUUGCACAAGGUGGCCAUCGGAAAAAGACUCAGCAGUCGACAACCUUCGUGGAAAAAGCACAAACAGCACAGAAAAAACUUACAGCAUCGACUUCCCGGGGGCAUGACCACACAAGCACCAUCCACAAGGCAUCAGCAUGUCGGCCAGCCCGCGAUAAACAAGCAACUUUACCUCCUGGGCAAAGCAUUGCAGACUGUUCCGAUAGUGAACAGAACCAAAAACCGUUGGCUCCAGAGUUGCUUUUAAAACACAAGAGGGGUCAACAACGAAAGGCCAUUAAGGUUGCCUCGAAAAAGAGCAAAGUCUGUGCUCUUGGUUCGUCCAGAAACCCUCCUGCUGAUCCACCGAAUGAAGAGACCCACGCAGCUCCCCCGCCUGCCAACACGAGCCAGUUGCUGACAGUGAAAAGUGGGUCAGGUAAGCCUUCAGCACAAGUCGCAGAUCACACUGCAGUGUCAUCUGGUGAUAAGGAAACAGAGGGCAGACGCAUGACCCGAUCACUGUCGAAAUCUCUGGAAAAGCUGCGCAUGAGAAAGAGCACAGUUUGUGACGGUGCCAGUGUGAGUGGUCAUGUCAAAGGAAAAGUGCGAGAAAUGCCAAGCCGUGCGACUGUGGAAAAGCUUGGCAACAGAAAGAGGGCUAAGAGAAGGGGCAGCCCUCCAGUUGCACAAGAAGCGACCGUAACCAGCCCCGGACGCCCCUCGCCUCAUAGUGAGACCUCUCAAGUUAGGAAUGUUUCUGCACGUUAUAGUUCCAGGACGGCACCAAAACCAAGUGGACAGCACAACACAAGAGCACUGUCUAGGUUGCAAACAGAGGAGGCUCCCACAAAUGCCAUUUCUAAGGAAGUUCACAAAACUGCCCGCAUAGGUGGUUCUGCCUCAGCUCAGCGAAGCUUAUCAAGGGGCGCAGUUACCAAGACCCCUCAUGUUCAAGAGCGGAGAACACAGGAUACUCCAGAAAGCCAUUCCCACGAGACCAGUCUCAAGGCGGGUCCAAGUUCGAGUCGACUAAACUCGCACCGAAGGCUUUUGUUUAAAAAGGACUCUCUCAAAAUCAACACGUUGCAGAAGGACACACAGAACAUUCAAGUUAAUACUCGCACAUCGGAACAACAGCUCAUGUCAGAUGAUGCUGCAAGAAGCAGUCAAAGUGCUACACUUCAGGGUAGCCAGGGCAGUGCAGAAACGAGUAGUACAGCUCGCAAGAUUGGCAGCACCGGGAAAAAAACUGCCCGAAUGUCUGCUCCGGGGAAAGCAGCGAAUGCUCCAGAAAGCCGUAUCAAUGAGAUCGGUCUCAAGGCAGGUCCAAGUUCGCAUCCACUGAACUGGCAGCAAAGGCUUUUGCUUAAAAAGGACUCUCUCAAAAGCAACACGUUGCAGAAGGACACACAUAAUAUUCAAGUUAAUGCUCGCACAUCGGAACAGCUCAUGUCGGAUGAUGCUGCAAGAAGCAGUCAAAAUGCUAUGCUUCAGGGCAUCCAGGGCAAUCCAGAGAUGAGUAGUACAGCUCGCAAGAAGGGCGGCACCGGGAAAAAAAGUGCCCAAAUGGUUGCUCAGGAAAUUUGCAAAACAAAUGUUUUGGCUCAGACAUCUCCAAAGAGACAUAGUUUUAAAAGGCCUUCUGCAGAGACUUCUCAUGCUGAGGUGGAGCCCAGUGGAGAUAAGACUGUGAAGACAGAAAAGUGUUCACAGAAAAUGCAGCAGUCUCUCGGGAUCACUCUCUCAAAUCGGGAACACACACCGGGAAACUCUCGCAGUCGUCGCUUUAGGUCCAGAAGACAAGUGCAAGGUAGAGGGGAUGUUUUGGAUCAGUCUCCUCGAAAGGGACAUAGAUCCAACAGGCCUACUGCAGAGACUUCUCAUGCUGAGGCGGGGCCCAGUGGAUAUAAGGCUGCGAGGACACAAAAGAGUUUGCAAGAAAUGCCGCAGUCUCUCGGGAUCACUCCUUCAGACGAGGAACACGCAUCAGGAAGCUCUCGCAGUUACAACCUCAGGUCCAGAAGACAAUCGGAAGGCAGAGGAGAUGGUCCACAAACUGAACAUGUUCCUGAAAACACUGCCAGAAUCACAAGUCUAGCUCCUCAGCAGCGCAUAGAGCGGGAAAAGCUGCGUGCCAGACCUCGCCACUUGUGGAAACGCAAGGCCGCUCAAGAGCCGGUCUUCGUUGUCGAAGACGGGGAACCUUCUCGUCGCACCCCGUCGUCAAGCUCGAAAGGCAAGAUGGCCCGUCGCACCCCGUCGCCAGUCUCAGGAGGCAAGGCAGACGCUGCUACCUUGUUGCUGUCCCCUGCUCCGUUAUCAGCCGCUUCCUCAUCAGAUGAAGGCUAUCCUGGGAAGUUGGGCUUCCAUUGGUAUGAGAAGACGUUCGGUAUGCUGCAAUGUGAACAGGCCAAUGCGGUCAACGACGUCGAGUCCCUGCACUGGAAGUCUGAUACCGAGGAGUGUGAGAGUGAGAAUGAUUCGUCGGACGUGGACAGCGGUGAAGAUUUGUCGGUUCUUCCUUGGCAUGACAGCCGUAGCUCUCAGUUCACGGAUGACUUGGAACCAAAUCGGCAGCGGCUGGAUCGCUGGCAAGAAAACGCCCGAAAGAGACUGCAGGCACACCUCCCGGGUGUCCGGGUCACGAACAGAGCAUGGGAAACCAUCGACAAGUGGCACGACCAUUUUAUGGAGAAGAUGGGUCAAUCCCUGCAGGCCAUGGCCGAGCGCGCCGGCCACGACCAGAUUGAGGAAGAGGACGUUGUGUGGUUCAUCCACAGACACCUUGGCACUGCAGACCCCUCCAAGCUGUGGGCCCUGGCUGACAAACUACUGCCUGGUGAACUGCGCAAUCAGAUCUAUCCUGCUACCAAAUGCAGCCAGACAUUCAACGAUGCACGAGGGAUCGGGGGAAGUCAUCAUUGAAACUAUCAAUGUCCUCCAAGCCUGUCGACCUCGUGAAGUACGUGACUUCGACAUUUGUAAAAAAGAGAUCUUACGUCUGAGCCAGUUGGUGCCACAGCUUACUUCAAGUUCUGUCAAGAGCCGGACUUGCUGCCCCGUUACGCGUAUUGUUUUAUGUUCUCAUUUCUAACUCUGUUGUGUAAAAUAUUCGUGUAUGCAAAAAUCGAUCAUUGUAUAACUGUUGCAGUGUUUCUAACAAUGUGAGCGAUGUCUUCUUUUAUUUCGGACUACACUCUGCUUCUGUGAUAGUACACGAAGUACAUUAAUUUUUCUGUUUUUUUUUUCCUUUUUUUUUUUGUCGAGUUCCUGGCAGAGAACUCGUGUUUUUGUUAACUUAUUGGGUAAUUGUCAACCCAGCAAUUAUAAUGCGAUGCCUCAUUUCUCACAAGAGUGUGCGAGAGAUCAGUAAUUAAGCAUUCCUUUGACACUACCACCAUUUUUUUUGUUCAACUUAAAUCUGUUUAAAACUGCUUUCACUUCAAGGUUUUCUGUUACACCAAUGUUCAACUAUUUUCUACUAGUGCAUCAUUAUUGUACACCAUUUGUUUCAGCCUGUUCCUUUUUAUUUAUAUUUUUAUCCUACUCGCCAUCUGUUGCUGUCAAUUUAAGGGGGCUGUCACUUCAUCAAUCUUUGUCGCCGUAUUGUCUUUAUUGCAUUUCAGUCGUGUUUCGUUACUGUACCUUUUAUGUUUGUAAAAGAUAAAUAAACAGCGAAUUGAAUUUUAAAUGCAU